CUUCAAAAAUUGAAAUAAUGGAUCGGUCUCUCUCACUUUAGUUAUUAAGUAGUGUUCUCUCUGGCUGGAUAAAUGCAACAAAUGGGUUGGCGCCGGUCGGACGUGAAAGACGGUUGAGCGUAAAAAAUCCUUUUUCUGAGAUAGAAUUUAAUUCAGGUUCCAAUUUCCCAUUGUUUUUAGUUCGUACUUGUUUUUGGAUCUUCCUUUGCCAACAUUUUCUUCCACUCAACAGUCGGGGUAUGGGAUUUCCCAGGCUCGCUUUAUAGCGAUCCUCGUCUGUUUGUCAUCAUCUAUAUAAACGCUCAACCGUAGGUAGUUAAUUCUACCAUCCGGCCGGAUAGCCCUGGCAGCUGUGGCCAUUAAACUAAUAUACUACUAUAACCUUUAAUUUCUAUUUAUAACACGGUUUGUAAUUUUCAAAGUAAUUUUAGUCUGUGAUUUUUGUGGUGAUUUUAGUUUACAUAUGGUUUACAUUUACUUUGCUUUUUAUUAUGAACUUUAAAUUGGAACAAUGACGAAUACACAAGAAAUUUUAACUCUGCAAUUCGGACAUUAUGCGAAUUUUGUUGGUACACAUUGGUGGAACCUUCAGGAGACCUCUUUUCAGUAUAAUUCAAAUACCCCUUCAGAAAUUAAUCAUGAUGUUCUUUUUCGAGAAGGGCAUAAUUCAAAGGGCCUCGUAACGUUUACUCCACGAUUGUUAUUAGUAGAUCUAAAAUGUAGCUUAAAAUCAUUACCAACAGAAGGUGAACUCUAUGAAUCUCUCCCAGAUAUAGCACACUACUCUGGUGUAAAUUGGGAUGAGAAUAAGCUUGAUAUCAGGAAAGAACAAAAGCAACAUAAAAAUGAGUUCCAGCAAGACAUUGAUAACCCAAAAACUCUGCAACAAUUCUCUCAGAAAAAAUAUAACUUAGAAGAUAGUACUGAGGUAUGGUCUGAUUAUUUAUAUUCAAGAUUUCAUCCCCGUUCUGUGAAUAUAAUUAACGAAUAUCAACACUGUAAUAAAGAAACACCAUUUGACACAUUUAGUUUAGGGACUGAAUUGUGGAAAACUGAUUUUUUUCAAGAAGAUUUUGUAGAUAAAAUUAGGAACUAUACUGAAGAAUGUGACCAUUUUCAAGGUUUUCAUGUACUUACAGAUUGUACUAAUGGCUUUGCUGGAUUGUCAUCUUCCUGUCUUGAAGAUAUUCGAGAUGAAUAUGAUAGAAAAUCUGUUCUGGUUUUCCCUACAAUACCAUCUUUCUUUCCUGAUAAUGAAUAUAAGACUGACAGAGAACAAGUUACCUCAAUAAUGAGUGAUUCAACACGUGUGAUAAACUUGCUUUUAUCUUUUAAUAAUUUUAAACAACACUCGAACAUGUUUUCGCCAUUAUGUACGAGCAAAGAUGGUUGGAGACAGCCUGGAGAAUCUAGACAAUUUUACCAUGUCAAUUAUAAUUUUAAAUUACCUUAUCAUUCAAGUGCAAUAUUAGCCUCAGCACUGGAGACAAUAACAUUGAAAUACAGAUUAAAAUCCAAUACAUUUUCUACAAUGGAUUUGUAUGCAGAUCUAACAGCAAAUGGUAGAAAAGCUGUGGCCACAAGCAUAUGCUUGCCUUUCUCUUUCAAUUGUGAUGCUUAUUUAAUUGAUUGUUUAGAUCAAUGGGAAGGCCCAUUGUAUCAAAGUUUAACGCCCAGAUGUACCAUAGGUACAAAUCGAGUUAUGCAGCAUUUAACAAUUUCAGGAAUAUCAGAAUCAAAAAUUAAGAAACCAUAUAACUUUGCUGGAAAACAAAAAGAUAUGCCAGCUUAUAAAUAUAAUUCAGUUAAAGAAAUGCUGGAAUAUUAUUUAGCUUGUACUACUUAUGCCACUGCCAGUCAUGUAACUGCAGUAGAAAAACCCUUGACUGUCAAACCACCAUAUCCAGAUAUUUUUGAUAAAAUAAUUGGGUCUGAUGGAAAUGUUAAUAUGAAUCCAAGAUCUGAUAACACAAUAAUUGAAUCUGUUCCUGUUCUUGCUGGAUUGCAUUCUGGAACAGAAUUAGGUGAAAUGCUCGAAUCAUUACAUAGUGAAGCUAGGAAAUUGAAAAUUGCCAGGUUCCAUCAGUUUACAAUUGAGAGAGAUGAAUAUGAGGAAUGUUUGAAUGAUAUUUUAACAUUCAAAGAGGAAUAUGAAGAUAGUUAUUUGAUUUGAUACUUUUACAUUAAGAAAUAUUAAUUCAUAGCUUAUAGUAUUAACUUAUUUAUUUAUAAUUUAAUGGUUUUAUAAACGUUAUGACUGUAGCUACAACCAGUAUUGCCAGAAUUGAAGGAUUUCUUUCAA